AUGAGUACCCCAAUAAACAAUACUGCUGCAUCUGGAAGCACGAAGAAGAGAAACAACUUCAGGAAUAGAAGAAGAAAUAACAAGGAAAGUGAGCUGUCAACUGAUGGUGCCAGAAACGACACUCGAAACUCUCUGGGUAAAAGCAACGCUUCUGCACAGAGAAGGCCGAAUGAUAGUCGUAGGAGGAAUGGUAAGGAUUCAAAAGUAACAGUAUACGUCAAUCCAAAUGAACUAGAUCAGGCGAAUUUAAAGGUUCGUCAGGCACAAAUCGACCAAUGUAUAACUAUGUUGGGAUCAGAUUCAUUCAAAUUAUUUAAGAAAGGGAAGAAUUCCACCUCCUAUGGGUUUAUGUUAAGGAAUAGAAAAAUUCUGGGUGUCGCCAAUUUAAAAUUCAUUAUAACUGUGCCGUUAAAUUAUCCUCUGUCGCCCAUCAAAUUAUCUAGACAAGAACAAACCAAAGAGGACAUUGUUCAAAUAAGUGAUCAAUUAAAUAUACUGGUAAACAAUUUUAAUAAUAAGUCGAAAGGAUUUAUCCAGAAUGAUAAAACCCCGAUAUUAUCACAAAUAAACUUCUUCAUACAGGAUGCUGAUCUCCUCUCUCAAAAGAAUUAUAAGAAACUUGAUCUUUUGAAGGGUCAAUUUUACUCACAAUUUGAAAAGCUAGCUUCCUAA